CAUUAUCCAAUUCCUCUUCACCUCUGCAAAACUCUCUCACUCUAAAACUCACUCACAUUCUUCCACUCCCUCUCUCUAAAAAAGAAAUACUUUCAUCUGAGAUAUAUCUCCACCGCCGGCGCCGCCCGCCGCCGUCCGCCGCCGCAAUGAACGAUUUAAUGACGAAGUCCUUCACGAGCUACGUCGACCUGAAGCGAGAGGCGAUGAAGGAUCUGGAGUCCGGGACCCCGCCGGACCUCGAAAUGGGCCUUUCGAAGCCCGACCAAAACCUCACCGCCUUCCUCGACGAAGCCGAGGAGGUAAAGAAGGAAAUGAACUCAAUCCGACAAAUCCUCAGCCGCCUGCACGACGCCAACGAGGAAGGCAAGGCCCUGCACAAGCCCGAAGCCCUCAAAUCACUCCGGGCCCGCGUAAACAACGACGUCGUUUCCGUCUUAAAGCGGGCUCGGGCUAUCCGAGCCCGGCUCGAAGACAUGGACCGGUCCAACGCCGCGAACCGCCGCCUCUCCGGCUGCAAAGCUGGCACCCCCGUCGACCGGACCCGGUCCGCCGUCACCAACGGUCUGAGAAAAAAGCUUAAAGAACUAAUGAUCGAUUUCCAGGCGCUGAGGCAGAGAAUGAUGGCGGAGUAUAAAGAGACCGUCGGAAGACGCUACUUCACCGUCACCGGAGAAUUCCCCGGCGAUGACGUCAUCGAUAAAAUUAUCUCCACCGGCGACGGCAACGCCGGCGAAGAAUUGCUCUCCCGAGCCAUCCAGGAGCACGGGCGGGGGAAAGUGGUGGAGACGGUGGCGGAGAUUCAGGACCGGCACGAGGCGGCGAAGGAGAUAGAGAAAAGCUUGCUGGAGCUACACGAGGUAUUUCUGGACAUGGCGGUGAUGGUGGAGGCGCAGGGGGAGCAGAUGGACGACAUAGAGCACCACGUGAUGAGCGCGGCGCAGUAUGUGAACGACGGCGCGAAGAAUCUGAAGGUUGCGAAGGAUCAUCAGAGGAGCAGCCGGCGGUGCCUCUGCGUCGGAAUUGUGCUUCUGCUGCUCAUCAUCCUCGUCGUCGUCGUCCCCAUUGUUGCAAGCUUUGCUAAAUCGUGAUUGAUGAUGAUGAUGAUUCAUUUGAUUCUUUGAUUUGUUUGUUUGUUUGUGGGAAUCUGAGACUGUUUAUCGAUCAUCAUCGAUCAGAUUGUUACUUACAGUGCAAAUUUUACAUAAAGGCAGUAGACAUUUUUAGUACAACAGUGAUCUUUACUUGUAAAAUUUUAGCAGAUUUUACUAUUCUAAUUUUUUUUAAUUAAAACAUAUCAAA